AUGAAUCAUCCUCCACAAAAUACAGUGAAUCCUAUGACCAUGCAAAGUCCAGUGGAUACAUUUUGCUCCGGCAGUGGCCAAAUGGCAUCUACCUUCUCACUUACUGACAUUAGUGGCUCGGGAGUAAGCGAUCUACAAUCAGUAGAUAGUAGAAAUGAAAUUGAGGGCCACCAGCCUAAAGUUAGACCGACUGUGUUUCAAAUUAAAAGCGUUUGCAAAAAUUCCAUAAAUCCCUGCUUAUUCCUAGGAAAACAUAGCUUCCGAAUGAAUAAGACAAAUGAUACAACUGUUACAAAUUGCAGCGGAGCUGAACGAGAUAAUAAACAAGACAGAGAGGGAACGCAAGACUCGAAAGAAGGAGAGUAUGGUGAUGAACGUGAUUCAGAUUUGAUAGUGGAUGAAGUGAGUCAUCUAUUCCGCAUGGAAGAUUUCAAUCCAAUUGAAUCAAGUAUGUUGCCAACAGGAAAUGAAAUCAUGCCUGAGGAGCAAAUCGGUUGCAUGGAAAGGGCAGAGUCGAAUAAAGAACCUAAGCACGAUAAAUGUUCUCGCCCGGCAAGUAGACAUAUUGUGAAACUCCUUCAUAGAGAAGUGGAACAUGAAGCAUAUAAGUCAUCCGGUUCCUUAGAACCUAUUUUAAAUUCGUCCGAAUUCAGUUUGUGCCAAAGAAAGGUGCCCACACUUUCUGGCCCUAAAUCUAUCAAAAGUUCCAAUUUCCUACAACUCCAACGACAAUCUAAUUCAAAUAAGCUUUCCUAUGAAGAGAAGGUAUGCAAUUUGGGGUUAGGCUUAGGAAAAGAGACUCGUGAUACUAGGGGUUUUAUAAUGUCACAAUCUAAGAAAGAUAAUUCUCUGACCCAUGGUUCCCACUCCUUAAUUUUGUCAAACUACGUUGCGCAAAGAUCGGAUUCAUACUCUGACUCUACAUCCACACCAACCGAUAGCGGUCCUCUCAGUUCGUCAAUUGCUUCGGCUGUUACUUCACCAUGCUCUGAGAUGAAUGCAAGCCAUCCUCUCUCUUCUGAACUUAAAAAUUCAAGUCGAGAUUCAGGAAGCUCAUUGUUUCUUGCCAAUCCCUUAUGUUUAGGUCAGUUGUCAGAAUCCCCAUCAAGGCUGCGUUGCCCUCUACCUGAUCGAGCAUAUUAUAAUGAAACCAAUAUUCCUAAACUUGAAGCUAGAGAUGAAAAUCAGCAAAAUUAUUAUUCUAACCUCUUUGGCUACGUUCACGCGCCAAUACAUAGAAAUCGACAAAAUGAAGAAGGCGUAUUUUUUGCAAACGAUGCGGUACCCAAAGUAGAAUCUCCAGUUCAAAUGAUAGAAAAAUCACCUCCCUGUUCGAAUGGUCGGAACGUUCAUUAUUUUCGGCAAUCAAUCUCUGGUAAAAAAAUCAACUUAGAUGCAACAUAUGAUUAUGAAAGAAACCGAUUGUGUGCAGGGCGCACAUUAGACAUUACUACUGAAAUAAGUCCGCAGGGAAGAGCUAAGUGUGUAGAUAAGUUGAUAGUUGGGCCACCGAUUUCCCAAAGAGUAGUCAGACAGCUUGGAUUUCCUCGAUGCUCUCAACAAACAAGGAUGUCUACCGAUCGUCUUCCAUUUUGUUUGAUGCCAGCGUGUUCUAGUGAUGCCCUGGUAAGUUUGCAUAUUCUAUUAGCUCUUCACAAAACCUUUGAAUUUGCAGAGCUACUAAAAGUUGAAAUAAAAUUAUUAACAUUUUUCAAGAAAUUUACUAGUUUAAAGGGUGUUCUAAUUGCUUCCACCCUUUGA